CCUCUGUCAGUAUUGGUACUGCAGGCAGCUGUUCAAUAAGUUGCUUUUCAGCGACCUGGCAGGUAAUUAGGUUUUCCCUCUUCAGAAUAUGCUCUCGAGGAAAACUGUAACAGUCGCUUCAAGCAGCCUCUGGAAGUCAUUAAGGCAUGUGGUGGUACUCUACUCUCUGUGUGGUUUGAUAUCUGGAUACUCUGAGAGACAUGUACAUAACUUGAUGUCCAGAUAUCCUCUUAUUGAUGGUCAUAAUGACCUAGCUCUCCAGCUGAGGAUACUUCACAACAAUCAACUGAGCCAAAUUGACCUUCAUAAUGUUAGCAAAGUGGCAACUGACAUCACCCGUCUCCAGGCAGGCCACGUACAGGCACAGAUGUUUGCAGUCUAUGUGCUAUGUGGGGCCCAGGAAAAGGAUGCUGUAAGGCUGACACUGGAACAAAUUGAUGUGGUCAGACGCAUGUGCACUGAGUACCAGGACUUUGAGAUAGUCACAUCUUCCAAGGAACUGAGGAGUUCUGAAAUAAGGAACAAGACAGCCUGUCUAAUAAGUGUUGAGGGGGGGCACUCCAUUGACAGCAGCCUGCCAGCCCUGCGGAUGUUUUACCAGCUUGGGGUCCGCUCCAUGGCCCUCACACAUAACUGCAACACACCCUGGGCUGAAUCAUCCUCAAAACUUUAUAAUGUCUAUCAAAGACAUAACAACAGUCUGACACACUUUGGGAAGGCCGUGGUGGACGAGAUGAACAGAUUGGGAAUGAUCGUGGACCUCUCCCACACUUCCUGGGGGACGGCCUGGGCCGUGCUGAAGCAUUCCAAGGCACCUGUUAUUUUUAGUCAUUCAUCUUCCUACUCUGUCUGCAACAACAGCCGCAAUGUACCUGACAGGUUGCUCCACGAGCUGAAAAAGAAUCGGGGUUUGAUCAUGGUGAAUCUCCACAGCAACUUCAUUUCCUGCAGCAAUGAAGCCAACAUAUCUCAUGUAGCUGACCAUUUUGAUUACAUUAAGAAGAUUAUUGGAGCUGAGUCAGUAGGAAUUGGAGGAGACUUUGAUGGUGCUGUGAGGUUUCCUCAGGGGUUAGAAGAUGUGUCAAAGUAUCCUGCCCUAAUCCAGGAACUCUUGCAAAGGAAUUGGACUGAGAAUGAAUUGGCCAAUGUCCUUCGAAGGAAUUUCUUGCGAGUGUUCAAGGAAGUUGAGAAGGUCCGUGAUCAGUUGAAAUUAAACAAACCCAGUGAGGUCCAGAUCCCCCAUUGGGAGGUGCAGAACCCCUGCAGGCUAGUCCUCAAAAGGCCUGAACUGAGACAACAGAGUCCCUCUUCCAGAGCCCAACAUGGACCAAAAGGUCAGCUAGGUCUGGUCAUAGUCCUGCUUAUUUUAAGCCUAUUUAUAAUUCAAUGAAUAUUUAGAAACUCAGUUCAGCUGACUUUUUUUUUUUUUAUGGAUAAUUUUGAAUGUAAAUAUACGGGGUCAUCGUAUCAAUCCACAGGUCAAUAAACAGGAGUAAGGGGUGAUUAAUGACUUUCUUAGGCCUGUUUGGGAGGGAGGCAAUUUAAAUGCAACCUCUGUAUAUCCAGUAUGCUAUUUAUAUAAAUUAAAAUAUAUGCAGAACACAAGUCAUCUGACAGGCAGUUUGACAUCCAUUUUAAAAUGGAUGUUUCAUGUUUUGAUAUUUCAUUCAUUUCAUUCUUUGCUGAAUUUUGUUGUACCUGUGCUUACUUAAUUUUUAUGAAAAUCAUAAUAUG